AUGUCGCCUAUGCCACAGGUCGGCCCUGAUGUCAAUGGGCAUUUCAUCUCCAACACACGCUGUAUGUGCUGUACAGCAGGCAUUGCUAAUUGUUCUCUUAUUCCAUUUCUAGGCAGCUCGGUUAAUGCAAACAUCGUGACUCAGAAUCAUCUGAAGAUUGUUCAAGCUGGAGACAGAGUUAACUUACCCUGUAUUUUUUCAAAAGAGUCAAGAACUACUGUUGCUUGGGUCAAACAAAGAGCUGGAGAGAAACCCCUUUUAAUCACUUUAUCAUAUCAUGCUUUACCUGCCGUGUUUGAAAAUUACUUUAACAAAGAAAACCGCUUUUUUGUAACAAAAGAUGAUGGCAGUUUUAAUCUCAGCAUCACAAAUGUAAAAGAAUCAGACACUGCAACAUACUAUUGUGUUAAAUAUAUAUACAAGUUCACAUUUGGGCAAGGCACAGAUCUCAUUGUUAAAGGCAGACACCUGAACAUGCAGUCUGACCAUCAGACAGCUGUGAUAGAUCCAGUCCAUCCAGAAGACUCUGCAGUGGCUCUUCAGUGCACUGUCCUCACUCAGAGCUGUGCAGGAGAACACAACGUCUACUGGUUUAGACGUGAAUCUGCAGAAUCUCCUCCAGGAAUGAUAUUCACUCAGGAGCGCAGGAACGCUCAAUGUGAGAGGAGCUCUGAUGUGAACUCUACUGCACACAAAUGUAUCUACAGCCUGCCCAAGAGAAACCUCAAUCACUCUGAUGCUGGGAUUUACUACUGCGCUGUGGCUGCAUGUGGACAGAUACUGUUUGGAGAUGCAAGAAAACCUGAUUUGCCUGGGCCAGGUAUCCAUUAAUUUUGCUAAAUAAAA